GAGAAGGAACCCGGUUUCUUAGACUAGACCGAAACGUGAGCCAUGAAAGAUCACUCCUCUUCCCUUCUCUUCUCUACCAUCCGAAUUUCCAACCACUUCCUUUUCUUCCUUUCCUUUCAACACUCAUUCUUCCUUCACCUUUUCUCUCUUCUCUUCUAUUUCACCAUUUCUCCUUCUCUUUAUUCUGCAACACUCUUCGUUUCCGUAGCUGCAUUCUCAGCUCCUUCACUCUCUGGUCUGAUGUAAUAUUGAUAGUGUUGAGAAUGGAAUUCUUAAACCAGGAGAUAAGCAUGCAUAGCCCUGAAGGUGAACUUAAAAUAAGUUUUGGCUAUCAAUGCAAUAGUGGUAGAGGUAUACCUUGCAAAGAAAUCAGUAGAACAAGCAGUUUCUCUUGCUUAUCCGGUGCUGCCUUAAGUGCAAAUGCUACACUUGCCAACACAAAUAUCUGCAAUGGCGUAAUAGGAGAAGAAAUCCUUCCGAGUUUGGACUCUCCUAAAUCGUUUCGAACAGUACCCUCUUCGUCAAGUUUUCCAAAGUUGGACAUAUUAUCAUCAUCUGUCCAUAGUAGUUUUUCAAAUCUAAGUUGCAGCCCUUCCACUCCUACUAACAUGCUUGAAUAUGACUCCUGUUCAUUAAAAUCUAUGAGUGCUCCUUCCAGAACUGAAGGUUUUCUUAAUGCAAUGGAUGUUCAAGUUGCUGGAGGAGCGGCUGGUGAAGAUAGAGUUCAAGCAGUUUGUUCUGAAGAAAAUGGAUGGCUCUUCUGUGCAAUUUAUGAUGGCUUCAAUGGGAGAGAUGCAGCCGACUUUUUGGCGGGUACCCUUUACGACACCAUUGUAUCUUACUUUAAUAUGUUAAGUUGUGAUUUUGAACCAGAUUUCACAAAAGCUUCUGACAAUGUGGCUGUGGGUGAAUCCUUUCCAUAUAAUUUGGAUGAUGAUAGUCUUAUCCUUCAGGAGCAUCAAUCUCCUUCAAAGUUUAAGGGAAACAAUUCUGGUCUUGACUGUUUUGCAAACAUUACUCCACCUUCCAAGUCAGAAGCAUCCCCUAAAUCAUUCUCACAUAGUACAGUACUUGAUGGUCUCCAGCAUGUUCUUAGUCAGGUUGAGAAUGAUUUCUUAUGCAUGGUUGAGCAGGAAAUGGAGGAACGUCCAGAUUUAGUUUCUAUUGGAUCUUGUGUUUUGCUUGUGCUUCUUCAUGGUAAUGAUUUGUAUACACUUAAUCUCGGUGACAGCAGAGCCGUAUUGGCGACAUGUUGUACAGAUAACAGAGUGAAUGGGAAUGAAAGAUUGAAGGCUAUCCAGCUCACGGAUUGUCACACUGUUGACAAUGAAGCCGAAAGAGCUCGAGUUCUUGCUGAUCAUCCAGAUGAUCCUAAAACCAUAGUAGCAGGGAAAGUGAAGGGAAAACUGAAGGUUACUCGAGCUUUAGGAGCAGGGUACUUGAAAAAGAAAAUUCUGAAUGAUGCAUUAAUGGGAAUCCUUCGAGUUCCUGAUCUUACAAGCCCACCAUAUAUUUCAACUGAUCCGUCGUUGAAUGUGCACAAAAUCUCAGAUUCUGACCAAUUUGUUAUAGUUGCGAGUGAUGGUUUAUUUGACUUCUUCAGUAAUGAUGAAGCAGUACAGCUUGUAGAGUCUUAUAUCUUGAGAAAUCCUUUUGGUGAUUCAGCAAAAUUUCUUAUUGAGCAACUAGUUGCAAGAGCAGCUGAUUCUGCAGGCUUCAGCAUGGAGGAGUUGAUGAAUGUUCCCGAUGGGAGGAGGAGGAAGUACCAUGAUGAUGUGACAGUAAUGGUGAUCUUCCUUGGCAUGAAUCAACGGACUUCAAAAGCAUCAAUUUGCACCUAGAGACUGACCAAAGAAAAAUUUACAUUUGAAGCUUUUAGAUGAUGAACAUAUUGGUUAAGUGGUAUUUCUUAGGAAGUUUUGAUGUUCAAAGUGU